AUGCCAGCACCCGCCACCAUGGCCCACACCGGCGUCCGCUUCCACCGCUCCCAUUCGGUCCCCACCUCGGCCUUGCCCUCCUCGCCGACGACGACGACCGCCUUCAAGCUGCGCCUCCGCCGCCUUUUUGUCCUCGUCAGCACCCUCCUCGAGGCCACCCUCUCCGCCCUCCUCUCCAUCUACACCCUCUUCUGGCCAGAUGAACCGCUGACAACGGCAAACGAUCGCGCCUCGCCGCCGCCUUGGGACACGUCCAAAGGCGAGGCCCUCGUCAUCUGGGCAGCCACCCACGACCACCUCGCCCGCCUCUUGGCCAUCCGCCUCGCCGCCGCCACCCCGUCGUCGUACGCCUUUACCGAGAGCGGCGCAUCGAUGGCCUCGGCAAAACCACCCUACACCUGCAUCGUCCUCCUCUCCGACCCGGCCCAGCUCCCCAUCCUCGUCGCAGAGUGGGCCGCCAAAAAGGCCCAGGUCGAGGCCCAGUGGAACAAGAGCCACCCGCCUCGCUGGUCCGCACAACCCAGCCCGCCCUACAGCCCGCACGCCGACCGAACGGGUAGAGCCGGGCCCACCACCCAUCUUCCGCGCGACCGCAGACGCACCAGCACCAGCAACAGCAACAGCAACAGCGCUGCCGCCGGCAAUGCCUCGGCGUCGGCUUCGAAAUCGCCCUCGCCCGAGCCACGCUCUUCCACAUCGCCCUCUUCGUCGCCGCCGCCGUCGCGUCGUCAGCAGCAGCAGCAGCAGCAGCAGCAGCAGCAGCAGCAGAGACCACGCCGCCGCUCUCGCUCGCUGCUCGGCCAGCGCCCUUGGCGCGACUGGAUUCCCUCCAACGUCGUCGGGUUCGCCCUCGACGCCCUCAAAGGAUGGAGGAUCGGCCAGGCGGACAAGCUCAACAUCGGCUCAGUCAUCCCCAUUGUCGCCGACCCCUCGUCGCCAGAGAGCCUCCCCUACGCGAAGAGCACCAUCAACGCCUACUGCCAGCUCCACAACCUCGUCCUCCGCGGCGUCAUUGUCGUCCCCUCGGUGCUGGGUCCGCGCUACGUUGUCGGUGGUCCGAGUUUCGGCUCCAACUCUGGCUUCGGAUCGAGGGCGUCGUCGGCGUCGUCGAUGGCCUCGUUUAAGGAUGAGUCGUCGCCGUCGCCGUCGUCGUCGUCGUCUGAGGAUGCCGAGGCGGUGACAGCGUCGUCGAGGCCUCCUGCCCAGGCGCAUGUUCACAUCGACCGUGACCUGUUUGGCAAUGUGGCAGAGCGCCAGUCGGAUCGCGAGGGAGGUCCCCGGCGCCGUGGUCGAGCGAGCGGCGGCGUUGGCGGUCCAGCUGACGUUGAGAGUACAACUUCUGCGCCGCACCUGCCGCCAAUCGAGACGUCGUUCGAGACGUCGAUGCCGCUGCCACCGCCGCCGCCGCGCCAGCAGCAGCAACAUCGACGAGCGUCGGCCGGUCGGCCCUCUGGCUCGGCCUGGGAAGGCGACGAUGUAGUCGCCUCGCCGCCAAUGUCUCCGGCCACGCAGCGGGCGAGCCGGCGCCAGGACGAGGAGCUCAAUACGCUGCGCGCCGCCAUCAAGACUGACCUGGGCGACUCGGCCGCGCUGGUCAAUGCCCUCUUCCCGGCCUUGAAGCAGGGCCAGGGCCGCGUGCUGGCCCUGGUCCCCUCGGGCUUCGGCGUCGACCUGCCAGACGACCUCGACUUUCUCGAACGCUUCGGCCAGCGGCGCGACGUCGUCCUCGCACACUGCCGCCAUCCGGCCGCGUCUGCGUCUGCGUCUGCGUCGGUUCCAUCGUCGUCGACGACAACGGCGGCGGCCAUCGAUGAUGCGAGGGCGGUGUCGCAGCGGCGGCGCCAGGACCGCAAGCGCAAGCACGCGCUGCCGUGGCCGCCGUCGACGCGCACGACGGUGCGCGAGGCGCUCGAGACGAUGUGGACGUCGCUCACGCCCGAGUACGCCCACAGCGGCGUGGCCAUCACGCUCAUCCAGACGCCGCCGCUGCUCGCCACACCCAUGCCGCCGUGUCCGCGCGCCGUUAGCCGCGGUGAUGAGCAAGACGAGCAGCAGCAACAGCAGCGGUCGGCGUCGUCGAGUGCGGGCCAGGAUCGGCGUCGCGGUGGCCAGCAACAGCAGCAGCAGCAGGAGGCGUACUAUGCCUCGCGCCGUCUUCGUCCUCGUCCUCGACCGACUCGGUUCGGUCUGACGUGGUGGCUCUACAUGCUCUCGCAGCGGGGCCGCAUGAAGCUCUACGACCAACCGCCGUAUCGAGGCUGGUUUGACGUCGGCGGCGGCGCCGGCGAGGCGGCAUCUUCAUCGGCUGCCGCUGCCGCUGCCGCCGCCGCCACCGCAGUAGCAGGCGGGGAUCCGUACGUCGUGGUAGACGAGACGGAGCUGGCGUCGCGGGACAAGGGGCGACGAGUCCGCCUACUUCGCCGCGCGGUGCGGAUGGGGAUGGAGGUGAAGCGACUCAUGUCGCCAUUCGACACGAUCGACCUCGGUCCCGCUCCGCCCGAGCCCGAUGCGUCUUGGUCAAGUACGGAUCUAAGUGCCGAAGAGACGUUUCUGCUACGCCACGUCGAUCCGGCAUGGACGCAUCUCGCCUCUUCCUCGCUGUCCACGUUGAGGGCUGAGAAACAGUUCGAAUUCGAGGAGAACCACUGUCGAUGGAGGGACGAGAUGGAGGAGAGGGCGAGGAACGACGUGGCCUUGUUUGAAGUGGUCAGGAGGGCGUUGAGGGAUCGUCCGAGACGGUGGUACCCCGUCGGUCUGGGCGCGCGUCUUGAUGCCACACUGCGCAUCGUCCCCGGUGCCGUUUGGGCAAAGAGGUGGAUCAAGGAGCUCGUGGAUUACUAG